CAUAACAGCGUGGGCGCGCGAGCGGCGGCAUGGAGUGUGUUUACCGCGAAUAAAAUGGCGAGGAUUGAAGCUCUGAGCGCUGCGUAGGUGCACGGACAGGCGGUGUGUUCACUAUUUUGUCUUAUUUCUUUUGGAAUCGCUUUGCAAAGGUAAAGCAGAAGUUUAGGGGCCACGUCGGAGUAACGAUAUCUAGAAAAAAGCCGAGUGGAGAGAGGACACGGCGGGGGAGCCACGCAUGGACCCAUGACAUGACGGCGCUGACUUCCUGUGGGCCGUGCAAGCGGCGCGCAAGCUCGUAUUGGACAGACGCAGAAAGACACGGCGGCGCCGAGACGAACGCUCUCAGAUAGUGCACCUGCUCAGCCUCGUCCUCAUCCAGGCAGGAUGGUGUCCACACAGGCACGGCUCCUCGCCGUCAUCCUCGUCUUCAUCAGCAGCAGCAGCAGCAGCAGCCACGCUCAAAUAAUCCCCCGUGUCACCUUUCCUCUCGACAGUCCUGGUCGCCCCUUCACGAUCUUCUCCCUCCCUGAUGUUUCCAACACCACCACGCUCCUGCUGAGCGCCGAUGAGGAGACGCUGUUCGUGGGAGCGAGAGACGCCAUACUGUCCCUCAGUAUCAGCAAGUCAGGAAGCCUGCAGCUCAACAAGAAGAUUGACUGGUCACCCACGGAGAGCAAUGUGAAGGAGUGCAGCAUGAAGGGCACGGAUAAGGCUGACUGUUGGAACUUCGUGCGAGUGCUGCAGGUUCUGAACUCGACUCACAUGUUCGCGUGUGGAACGUUCGCCUUCAGUCCUCUCUGCAGUUACAUCAGCUCGGAGACGUUCUCGCUGGUCACGAAUCCCAGCGGCAAACCCGAGGAGGGCCGAGGUCGCUGCCCGUACAACCCCUACCACAAGAACACCGCCAUCACUGUGGAUGGAGAACUUUACACCGCCACAGUGGCAGACUACAGAGGGAAUCAUCCCGUCAUCUCUCGCCACCUGAGUGAAGGUGACCAUGUGGAUAUGAAGCUGGACGACACACAAGGCUGGCUAGAAGAACCCACCUUCAUCAGCUCCACGCACAUCCAGAGCGAGGGGAAGGUCUACUUCUUCUUCAGCGAGCUGGGCCGAGAGUACGAGUUCAUCGAGAAGUUCACGGUGUCUCGCGUGGCUCAGGUUUGCACGAGUGACGUAGGAGGACAGCGGACUCUGCAGCGGCGAUGGACGACCUUCACUAAAGCCCAGCUUCUGUGUAAGGCCAAUGGAGAGCUGCCCUAUAACGUCCUGCAGGACAUGACCACGCUGCGGCCAGCAGAGGGCGACAGCGACGACAACACGCUUUUCUACGGCAUCUUCAGCUCCCAGUGGUCCGGGAACUCGGGUCGCUCCGCGGUGUGUGUGUUCAACCUCAAAACCGUCAAAGCCGCGUUCGCGGGAAGCUACAAGCAGCUGAACAGGGACACGCUGAAAUGGAGCUCACGCAGACAGGAGAAGAUUGCUAAUCCUGGAGAGUGCGGUCUCCAUAACGCCUCGGAUACCGCGCUCCGCUUCAUCAAGGAGAACUUCCUGGCGGAUCAGAGCGUGUCUCCGGGCAGUCAAGGGCCGGCGCUGGUGUCUUCUGACCGUCGCUACAGCAACAUCGCGGCUCAGAGAGUGGAGGGAGCUGGCGGGCAAAAGUACACCGUCCUGUACCUGCUCACAGAAAGCGGCUUCCUGCACAAGGCCGUGCUGGUGGAGGGCAGAGCUCACAUCAUAGAGGAGAUCCAGGUGUUGAGGCAGCCUCAGCGCGUCAGGAGUCUCCUGCUCUCCGUCUCACAGGGUGCAGUGUUAGUGGGCUCCUCAGAGGGCGUGGCCUCGGUUCCGGUCUCCAGCUGUUCUCACUACAGGACCUGUGCUGAGUGUGUGUUAGCCAGAGACCCGUUCUGUGCCUGGGACUCGACACACCAAGUGUGUGCUCUCGUCUCAUCUAUCAAAGACCAGGCUGGUCAGGAUGUCGAGGGAGGAAACGUGUCCAAAGUGUGUUCGAGCUUCACCACACUGCUUCCCAGAGGACGGUCCAUAGCCACUAAUGCUUCUCCCAGUGUGCAGCAUGUUCCGGUGUCUCUCGAUGAGGUGGUGCAUCUCUGCUGCACGUCUGAGUCCCAGCUGGCACGGCUGCACUGGGAGCGACUCGGAGGCGAACUCUCGUCAAUCAUCUACUUCGAGAAGGAUCUCAAUCUCAGUUUCCUGGCCACGCCUCGUACGCUGGGCAGAUACGCGUGUAAAGCCACGGAGAACGACUUCACCCAGACGCUUGGCGUUUACGAUGUCGUCCAGAAGGAGGUCUCGACCCUUCAGCCGCCCUCCACGUCCACCCCGACUCGCAUCCCUGAGAUCCCUGAAAUAGAUCCGACGACUCCGGCGAUGGUCGAGGAGACUCCUGAGGCUCCCGAUGAUGAGGAGGAAGAGAAGCAGCCUGAGAUGAACCCGGAGAAGACGACUCCGAGAAUGAGCGUGACCAAAGUCAUGCUGGGCUCCGGUCACGACGCUCCCGCUGACGGCUCGAUCAAUAUGCUGCAGCGGGACAACGGAGUCAGCUACCUAAAGGAGCUUGUUGCGGUCUCGGUGCUCUUAGCCAUGUGCAUCUGCGCGCUCGUCCUGUUGGCGGCGUACAUUUUGAGGUUGAGCUUUCAUAGCAGGACGGCGCCGCAUUUGCCCUGGUUGCGUAGAGACACGGCGACGACAGAGGGGGGUACGGAUCAGGAGAGGGCGUCGCUGAAGGGGGAAUCGCCUCAACAGGAGAAACAGAAAUCUCCGUUUGACAGCAAGAGCAUGUCAAACGGCUCCAACGGCCACCUACCGAACAUUCCCAUCUGAUCCCCAAACACGAGACUUUACCGCCGCCCUGCGCUUUUAGCCAACGAAUUAGAGCUUGUGUGGAUUUCCCGCAGCUUCGCCUUCCUGAGCCAGCACAGAGCUAAUCCUGUCUGCUUCUGUCGUGUUGAUUGACGGCUGAACGAUUGAACUUUUUGAACGAGAUCAAAGUCUUCUACGAGAUGUGGAGUCGAGAAAAACUUAACCAUGUUUGGAUCCUGUGAAAGGCGCAAAAGGCGAGCUAGGAGCGAUUACGAGCGCGAAUCCAGACGAUGCCGCAGCCGCUUGUGGUUCAUAUCAAAGCUCUCGUUCAAAUAGAUUAACUUUUUAGCAGAAAACGUACUACAGCAGAUGCCACGCAUGAUCAAAAACUAACAAGCUGUUUUUGUUUUAUUUUUUUUUUCCCUGGAAUGGUGUUAUUUAAUGACGAACGUCUAAAACUGUUGCUCUGGUGAAUCUUUCUGUACAAAGUUUGUUUAAGGUUGCAGUUCAUCAGUAAUGUUUUUAAGUCAGGAAAGAGAGACUGACGAGGGAACGAGUGUUUAUCGCUGCUAUAAUGUAACGGAGAACAGGAACGUUUUGCAGACGUUCCGCGACGUGUGACGUGAGAAUGGACGCAUCACGGUACGCGGUAGUUCGGUAUCUCCGCUGUCACUCCAAUAGCCUGGUUACUUUUUUCUAUACUUUGGCUUUCGCUCUAAACAAACCGCGAUUUAAUGUUGAUUGCCGUUUUUAACGGCUGGUUUUUGGUACGUCGCAGAUAAACUGUAGUUAACUGUAGCGGAGAGAACUCGGCUAGUUCCUGCUUCGUUUAGCGCCAAAUGCACAAGCAAUACCACGCUGUAAACACCAGCUCAUGCAGGUUCAAUCCCAAGGGUUGUGCCAGGGAGGGCAAUCAGUUGGUCCUCUGUGGCGACCCUUCAACAGGAGCAGGCGAAACAUCAACAAUGUCGUAUACAUUAUUUGGUGGAGGGAAGUUCAAGUCAAACCAGAACUUUUGUGUGCAGGAACUCCUUUAAUGGUCCAGACAUGUGAAAAUGGCUUGAAGCGAGGUCAGGGCGAUACAAGGGUUGUAGCAGGUCAUUUACAAACGUACGGCCUCCUUUAAAACGAUUGCACCUUUCAAAUGUUUUACUGCGACUAAGAAUGUUUUCACAUUAGGACACCAGACUUGUUUCCAGGAAGACUUGGCACCAAAGUCUGGUUCAUUUUGAUCAGUGAGAAAUGGAACCAAUCGUACACAAGAACAGAAGUAAAUCUUUCCCGUGUGCAUGCAGCAAAUGGCAAACUCAUCCUCGAACUUACACAGCCAUAGCUGAUUCAGUAGGAAGGCAUGUGCGAGCGUGAUUUUUGCCUUUUUCUCCGAAAUAUCAUUAAUAUUAGGCACAGCGCAAAGGAUAACUUCCUAUUUUUCUGGUGUUUAACGGCAGAUUACAAUCGAAGUAGGUGCAUACUGCCACCUGCUGUAUCGGAGGAUUUAAAUAUCAAAGCGGACCCGAGUACAGAGAGCAAAAAAAACAACGCGAACGCUUUUGAAGUAGCUUGGAAGAAAACAGUCCUCGGUAAAUAUCAAUCGCUUUUACGCCGUCAUUCACCAGAUAUUUCUUCAUAAGUCCUGGUUUGACAUGAACACCCCUAAUGAAACAAUCCUACAGUACAAAACAACUACUUAACAAAUUAUUUAAACAAAACAAUAAAAUUAUACAAUUAUAAAAGUCAAUAAUAACAGUUCUAACAUUGUGUUAAAUGUGUCUUAGAGUAUGAAAAUAUAAAUACCAUAGAAAUGAAGAUCUGUUUAUUGUUGACGUCUUUAUGAGAAUAGCCAACACAUCGCUGAAAUGGUUACUAUUUCUAUUUUUACGUAGCUGAUGAGCGCCGAACAAUUUUUACUUUUUACAUUAAUCUGCACUUUCUUAAACUUCAGUAAAGUUCUAGCAGCUAGGCGAAGAGGGCGGUCAUGCGGUACGUCCUGAUGACGACGGCGUUGAGCUCACGCUUAACACUGUUUCCUGUGAACAUGUCUCAUGGCACAUAAUUCGAAUGAAUGUCAUUCACCGUGAGAUGUUAUGAGAGACAUUUUGUAAAUAUUUUCUUAAGGUACGCUCCUUUCAUACCAAAACCACUCGGAGGAAAAAGUCUCCAAACUCAAAAUCGUAAUUUUUAGCACCACUUCCGGGACUCAUGACUUCUGAGCUGAGAUGACAAAUAAAACAUUUUUAUAAAAAGUAACUGCAGUAUUUUUUUUUGUUUUUGUUUUUGUGAUAAACUUGUAGCUUCUAGACAAAGUGCUUUAUGUUUAAAGUAAAGUGACUGCAGGUUCCUGUGCUGGAUUUAAAUUUUGCAGUAUUGUUCUGUGUUUUUUCUGUCUGUCUGUAUGUAUGUUACGUUAACAUUACAGAAUUGUUAAUAUUAUGAUAAAGUCUCCGUACACAAGACGUAUAGUACAGCAGAUUUCAAUCCUGUUUAUUUAGCUUUCGCUCGUUCUGGUCUGUGAGAAAUCGCUGCUGACGGCACUUUGGUAGCAAAUUUAUAAAUUAAAUAUAAUUUAAUGCUUCUUAAUGAUGAGACUGUCAGAGGACAGGGUGAUACCGGGACGCCCGGAAGUCUGGAUCCACAGGCGAGACAAAUUAUUUAUUUAUUUAAAAGUGUAAAUUAUAGCAUCCUCUUAUACGCUCAAAUCGGUGGUAAACAUUGUUGAACAUCUCUUAAUGAUUCCAAACUGAUGUUCCAUGCAGAGAUGAUUUCCUCCUUUAGUCCUGGUACGAUUCCGAUUCAGGCCACUGACUUCAGAUCAGCCCAAAGGAAACAACUGAGUCUUUUAUCAUUAGUUUUAAAGCCAUCUUAAAAGAGUAGCAAUGUUAAAGGCCUGUGGGUCGAGACUUUUGGGCCACUCUGUGUACGUGGACUUUAAUUAGUGUGCACCUUUUUUUUAUACUUGAGCUGUAAAUAAAUCUAUAUAGUAAUACAACGAGUGUUCGAGUCAAACCGGGACUUUGUGAGGGUAAAAAUCCCCCUUACUUUUUGAUAUAAUCACUAAUGCACUUAUCCCAGUGUUUCACAAGUGCUUGCAUACCAAAGUUUUCUCAGUACGUCAAAGCCAUGAUCGGACCUGCCUGUCUGAUUUACAUCUGAAACGCCGGCCUCCCAGGAAGUGAGCUUGGAGUGAGAUCAAACAGAUGAGAAAAUUUUGUUACAAGUCCCAGUUUUGACUUGAACGCCCCUUGUAUAUAGUACUAGAUUCUAGACUGGGAUGAUUUUGAAGAGUAAAGGAAUAUGAACAUGUUUGAAAUAAGGGUUCUUAAAAGUUUAACUUUUUUUUUUGGUUGUUGUUUGUUUUUGUAGAGCCAAUUCAUUUUGUUCUUGUUAAACACAACAAGACCAGUCAGAACUUUUAUCAUAAUAAUUUACUGUUUUAUCUUCCGCUAUUUCUACUGUGCAGCAUCUCAUUGGUUCAAAGCUGCAGACAUGACUUUAAAAAAUAGUGAUGGUGGUGAUGAUGCCUUUUUAUAUUUGGUGAGGACAACCAUCUGAUCAAACCAGACUUUACCUGGAGCUCCAUCACUGCCCUAACACACCGUCUCGUGACAGUGUGAUUAUUAUUGUUACGUACAGUAUAAACGAGUAUCCGCACCAGUCUACGUCUGCCUGUUCGUAUUUAAGAGGAUUGGACUGGAUCCUAACAUGUGAACUGUGAUUUGACAAAAACUUUUUUUGCCAUUUUAACAGACUUGGUACGUUUUUGACUUUUUUUCCCCCCCAGUUGGGAUUAGGGGAGGAUAAAAUCAACUCACCACUGUUUAAAAGAUUACUGAUAUAUUUUUGUACUAAUAUCUCUUAUGUAAAUCUGUAUUUUAAAUAAACAUUUAAAUUCA